UGCAUUCUGUUGCGCGCACCACAGGGAGAGAGGACAAUCAAGAGAGGCAAGGGAGGGAACUCGAGUAAGAUCAGAUAGCACCGACUAGCUGCAAAGUCAAAAUGAAGCUUGUCUGCUUGUUCUUCCUGGGGAGCAUGUGCACCAUUUACGCUGCUCCUCGUGGACAAACGGUAACAGAGCCGCCGGUUCUUCACAACCCACAACCGACGGAAGCAAAAUCGCGCUUCGCAAUGCUGGACGACGUACGACUGCUGGCUAACGGUCUCCUGCAACUGGGGCAAAGCCUGCGAGAGUUUGUGCACAAGACCAAGGCGCAAAUCAACGAUAUCUUUCAAAAGCUGAACAUCUUUGACCGCUCUUUCUACCAGCUCUCCAUCGUGACCAGUGAAAUCAAAGAGGAGGAAGAGGAACUCAAAAAAACCACCUCGUUCCUCAAGACCAACAACGAAGAAAUCAAGAACAUGUCGCUGGAGAUCAACUCCAAGGUGAACAACAUCCUACAGGAGCGUGUGCAGCUUCAGAGCCAAGUCGGGAACCUGGAGGAAAAGCUGCAAGGCCUGAGCCAAAGUGUAGUGCCCGUAGAACAGCUCCAUGAGAUCGCUGCUCUGAAGGAUGUGAUUGACACUCAAGAGAAAACCAUCAAAGACCUACUGAAAUCUGUAAAAGAACAGCAUGACCAGCUCAACGCGCAGAAAAACAAAAUCAAAAGCCUGGAGGAGAAGGUCAAUUACGAGUCGCUUCAAGACACCACUGAAAAAAUGUCAGAUUCUUUCGAAGGAGCUCCAAACCUUCUCAAAUAUCUGACAAGUAACUCAACCAACACGAGCACUGACGCAAACGAUCUUCCUGCAGACUGCAGUGAAGUGUUCGAUAGAGGCCAGAGGAAGAGUGGAGUAUAUCCGAUCCAACCCAAGCAAUCCGAGCCAUUCGAUGUGUACUGCGACAUCAGCUCGGAAAGAGCAGACACGGUUAUUCAACGGAGAGUGGAUGGUACAGUGGACUUUGAUCAGACCUGGGACAAAUAUGAGCUUGGUUUUGGAAAUCUGGAAAAUGAAUUUUGGCUUGGCUUGGCAAAGAUCUACUCCAUUGCCAGACAGGGAGACUACAUUCUCAGCAUUGAGCUGGAGGACUGGAAGGAUGAGAGAAGAUUCAUUGAGUACAUGUUCACACUGGAAGGUCCCGCAUCUCAUUACACUAUCCAUCUGACUCAUCUGUCUGGAAACCUGCCUGAUGCCAUGAGCAACCACACUGGCAUGAUGUUCUCCACCAAAGAUAAGGACAACGACAAUCUCGAUGAGUAUAACUGUGCUCGCAACUACUCGGGUGGUUGGUGGUUUAACGCAUGUGGUGGCACCAAUCUCAAUGGGCGUUACACCUGGAUGCGGGUGAGGAACCGUAGUCUACGCAGGAAAGGGAUCUACUGGAGACCUGGCAAGGGGAGCUUUUAUACCCUUAAAUUCACAAAGCUCUCCAUUAGGCCUUCAUCCCAGUUCCAGUGAACCUGACUAGUAUAAGGCGAAUCAUGCUCAGACAGGCAACACUGACUCUGGCCAAUACAAGCUUCCCCUUUCUCCUGAACUCAGUCCAAAGGUGCUGAAGCAUGUCAUUCAAGCAUGGUGCAACAGGAACAGUUCAUCAACCUGACCUCAGGUGUCAAAUGUACAGAUGUUGCAUGUGCAGUCUUGCUGCAGCUUUUUACUUUUUGAAUUGUUUAGAAAAUUGCUUGUAGAAUGCAAACAGAACUGAACACACUUCAGGAGUAUUAAUAGUGAAAUAGUUUAUGCUUAUUAUACCCAAUUUUGUAAACUCUAUCUUUGCAACUAAUAUAUAUAUAUAUAUAUAUAUAU